AUGACGAUAAGGUUAGGUGAAUUGUUAGUGAGGCAGCAUUAUGAUGGAGAUGUAAGUGACCUUGACUUAACUUUUUCAUAUGACGAAGAUUACUUAGGACAGAUUAUCACCCAUGAACUACGGCCUGGAGGCAAAGCUAUUGCUGUCACAAAUGACAAUAAAAUAGUUUAUAUACACUUGAUGGCCCACUUCAAGAUGCAUACCCAGAUAAGGGAGCAGGUCAUAUCAUUUAUUCGAGGUUUUCGAUCAAUUAUUAAUCCUGAUUGGUUAUCUCUGUUCUCUGUACCAGAGUUUCAGCGUUUGAUAUCUGGAGAUAAUGUUGCUGUAGACCUUAAAGAUCUUCGCCGCCACACACAGUAUUAUGGAGGAUUUCAUGAUAAACACCGCGUUGUUUGUUGGCUGUGGGAUAUUCUGGAGAAGGAUUUCAAGGAAGAGGAAAGGGCUCUUUUCUUAAAGUUUGUUACCAGUUGUUCAAAACCUCCACUGCUGGGAUUUACUCACUUGGAGCCUCCUUUUUCUAUUCGUUGUGUGGAAGUUGGUGAUGAUGAAGAUACAGGUAAGAAGUGA